AGCCCACAGGUGUUACUUCAUUCAAGAUUAUUUUAUUAUAUAUUUGUUUAAUUACAAUUUUUUAACUUUAUAAUUAAAUUCGUGACUUCCCACUAUAUAAACCCAACCAUCCUUGCACAUUCACCGUGCCUCAAAUUUCCUUUCACUUACUCAUCCCUUCUCUCACAGGUACCUAUCAGACCAAUUUUAUGGCUAGCGAUGAUCUUUCCAGCAAAAUCCUCCCAGAUGCUUGGGACUACAAGGGCCGCCCUGCCGAGCGCUCCAUAACUGGUGGCUGGACUAGCGCCGCCAUGAUUCUAGGUGGAGAGGCUGUUGAAAGGCUAACUACACUUGGUAUUGUGGUUAAUCUGGUGACUUAUAUGACAGAUACUAUGCACUUGGGCAAUGCUACCGCUGCAAAUACAACCACCAACUUCCUUGGAACUACUUUUAUGCUUUGCUUGCUUGGUGGCUUCGUCGCCGAUACUUUUCUUGGAAGGUAUCUCACUAUUGCCAUCUUCGCAACCGUGCAAGCAAUGGGUAUCACAAUCCUGACUAUCUCAACCGCACUUCCGAGCUUAAGGCCACCGAAAUGCGAAAACAACACCGGUUGCAUUCCGGCAAGCGGCAAGCAACUGACAAUACUAUAUUUGGCCCUGUACAUGUACGCUCUUGGCACAGGCGGUAUAAAAUCAAGUGUAUCAGGUUUUGCCUCCGACCAAUUCGACGAGACAGACGUAAAUGAAAGAAAAAAAAUGAAUCGCUUUUUCCACUGGUUCUUUUUCUUAAUAAACCUCGGGUCACUCGGUGCAGUUACAGUCCUUGUUUAUGUUCAAGAUAAUGUAGGGAGAAAGUGGGGGUAUGGUAUAUGUGGAUGUGCUAUUGUGUUGGGACUAAUUCUUUUCCUAUCCGGCACGAGACGAUACCGUUUCAAGAAAUUGGUGGGUAGCCCAUUGACGCAGAUUGCUGCGGUUUUUGUCUGUGCUUGGAAAAAAAGAAACUUGGAGUUACCUUCAGAUCCUUCAUUUCUUCACAAUGUAGAAGAUAUUGAAGAAGGAAAAAAGAGCAAGAAGCAAAAACUUCCUCACAGCAAGCAAUUCCGUUUCUUGGACAGAGCAGCAAUCAAAAACCAAGAAAGUACAGUGGUAAACAAGUGGAAUCUAUCAACCCUAACAGAUGUUGAAGAAGUAAAAAUGGUGGUUAGAAUGUUACCCAUAUGGGCUACUUGCAUUAUGUUUUGGACGGUCUAUGCACAAAUGACAACAUUUUCUGUGUCGCAAGCAACUACCAUGGACCGUCACAUAGGAAAAUCUUUCGAAAUACCAGCAGCCUCCCUGACCUUCUUUUUCGUUAUUAGCAUUCUCGUAACUGUACCGAUUUACGACAGAAUUAUACUUCCAAUUGCCAAGAAUAUUUUCAAGAAAAAAAAUGGGCUAACUCCAUUGCAACGUAUAGGGGUUGGUCUAGUGUUUUCCAUUAUUGCAAUGGUAGCAGCUGCAUUGACUGAAUUAAAAAGGUUAAGAGCCGCAAGAUCAAAUGGUUUGAGCAAUGAUGCAACGGCUCAGAUCCCAUUAAGUGUAUUUUGGUUAAUUCCUCAGUUUCUGCUAGUGGGUGCAGGAGAAGCAGUUACAUAUAUAGGGCAGCUUGAUUUCUUUUUAAGAGAGUGUCCUAAAGGAAUGAAGACGAUGAGCACAGGGCUAUUUUUAAGCACACUUUCAUUAGGGUUUUUCGUUAGUUCUAUAUUGGUGACAAUAGUGCACAAGGUGACGAGAAAUAAACCAUGGCUAGCUGAUAAUCUAAACCAAGGGAGGCUUUACGAUUUCUAUUGGCUAUUGGCAAUUUUGAGUGCAUUGAAUUUUGUGAUAUUUUUUGCUUCUUCUAAAUGGUAUGUGUACAAGGACAAGAGGCUGGGUGAGGUUGGCAUUGAAAUGGAGGAGCUUGAUGAGCCUGCUUUCCAUUAAUUCAAGGAUUUAUCAUCUUCUUUUUUUCACUUUUUUUUUUUAGCUCACUAUUUUAUGUUUCAAAGCAUAAGCUUGCUCUUAAUUCGUUUAAGUUUCUGCUCUAUAACCUUUGUAUGUACAAACAAAAAGCAUCAAAAUGAAGCAAAAGUUGAAGAAGAUGUGUUGAAUAACUUUUUGAUAAUACAAAAAUAUACUGUAUUUUAAGUGUAUGUA